AUGUCCUCAAAGUCCGUUAAAGCUUCUGUCCUACACGGAGUGAAAGAUCUUCGUAUCGACUCUGUAUCUCUCCCACCUCCCGGUCCUUUAGACCUUCAAAUCGAUGUUCGUUCAACGACGCUCUGCGGAUCUGACCUUCACUACUAUCACCAUUAUCGCUUAGGCGAUAUUCUAGUGAACUCGCCGAUGGCUCCAGGACAUGAGGCCUCUGGUAUCGUGACUUCUGUGGGAGAUUCCCUCACUUCUGACUGGAGUGUUGGCGACCGUGUCGCUCUCGAAGUUGGACUGCCAUGUGAGAACUGUGAUACCUGUAAGGGUGGGCAAUAUAAUCUAUGCGCUGGGAUGAGAUUUAGGAGCAGUGCAAAGUCGACACCCCAUUUUUGGGGAACCUUGCAGGAGACUAUUAAUCAUCCCGCCAAAUGGUGCCAUAAACUACCACCACAUGUCUCGUAUGCUACGGCAUCUUUGCUCGAGCCUCUUUCCGUUGCUAUCCAUUCGACUCGACGUACACUUCGCAAUGGUAGUCUUGCACCAGGGUCUACAGUCCUUAUCAUCGGUGCUGGAGCUGUUGGCCUGCUUGUCGGUGCUAUGGCUAAGCUCUCUGGAGCUUCACGCAUCAUUAUCACAGAUAUCAAUGAAGGCCGGACUGACUUUGCUGUCAAGGAAGGCUUUGCCACUCAAGGAAUCGUGGUACCUCCACCAGCAAAACGUCCAGAAACGAUUGAAGAGAAGCUUGCUAUUGCAAAAGAGAAUGCUGCAACCCUCACCAAAGCCGUCGGCAGAGAGGGAAGUGGUGCAGAUGCUACUUUCGAAUGCACUGGCAUGGAGACCUGCGUCCAGACUGGAAUCUACGCCACUCGCCCAGGAGGAACUCUUGUCCUGGUAGGGAUGGGAGUCCCCAUUCAGACGCUUCCGAUAUCUGCUGCUGCGCUCCGUGAAGUAGAUAUUGUUGGUAGUUUUAGAUAUGCGAACACGUAUCCUGCCGGCAUUGAGAUCGUAUCGAAGGGGUUGAUCCCAAAUCUCGAGAAGAUCAUUACACAUACUUACCACGGGCUAAGCCAAGUUGGGGAUGCAUUUAGUAUGGCUAGUAGACAGAGGGAUGAUGAAGGAAACUUGGUCAUCAAGCCUUGGAAAUUGGUUUAUUAG